AAAAAAAAAAAGUGCACAAAGGCUCUGGUCUGAGUGUCCAGCAUCGCGUGGAUCAUGUCCACGCAGAGUCGUGGGUCAUUUUCACGCCAAAAAAACCCCCAAAACCCGCUGUUGUGAGACUGUGCCGGGACAGCGAGGAGAAGGAGGAGGAGGGAGAGAGUCUGACCACUACAGCCUACUGCUGUGCGCGCCACGCGCCCGAGUGUUCGGUGUGUGCGAGGGCGUGAGAGUGUGUGUGUGUGUCAGUGUGUGUGAAAGCCACCACUAGUCGCCCCCAGUGCUCUUCAGUCUCCACUCUCCCUUCUCACCGCAGACUGAACGUCACGUCCGCACUUGAACUUGAGUUUUCUCCCAUUGUAGAAGCCAGAGAGCCGCACACAGCCGCACACAACCGCACACAGCCCGGGGACGCAUGCGGGGACUCUGCAGCUCCAGCACAAAGACCAAACAGUGUGGCAGUGUGUCCUCACACCAGCGCCGGGCUUUGACUUGAAGAGUUUAAGUAGAACCCACCCGCCCAACUGGCACUGGCUGUGCAGCAGAAGAAGUGCCCACAACCGCUUGGCGACUCCCCGAGGUGCCGCGCGGAACAGUUUUUUAUUGAUUUAUUUUUUUAUCACACUUUUCCAGGUAACUUUCAGGUGUGUCCGAAAGGGGCCACGCAGUGUCCAAGGUGGCCGGAGAGUGGACACAGGUAGUGACCCAGCACCGGGAGCUGAGCGCCGACCUCCCGCGCCUCGCCGCUUCUCUUCGCUCCGCUGCACUCCUCUCUCCGCUACUCUCCUCUGACAUAUGGACUGAAAGCAGCCGCGGCAGAGCCGGACUACUGUCUCACCGCAGCCGCAGUCACCGCCGCCGCGACCCAACAAGGGAGGAGGCGCACCACCACUUUGGCACCGAGCUCCCAGCGAGCGCACGGCCGCUCACCCGGGAAGAGCACAGCCGUUACCCGCUGCUGCUGGAGGGACAUCCACUGGAAAGGGGUCACUGCGAGGGCCACGUUUUGGGCCAGUGCAGAGGCAGAGUCGGUGCCUGGUGGCCAACGAGCGCUCGGUUUUGGGGCCAGAUUGCGGUCGGCAUAGAGCAGCAGCAGCGGCAGCAGCAGCAAGAGAAGGAGCAGGAGAAAGUGGAGGAGGAGAACCGACCCUUCCAGCGCUGCUCUCCAGGCGAUGCCAGUGUAAAUGCCAGGGCGAUGUCCCGACGCAAGCAGGGGAACCCGCAGCACCUGUCCCAGAGAGAAAUAACACCUGAGAUCGAGCACCCAGAUGGCAGCCUGCUCUCUGACUCCUUGCUCCCGCAGCCUGGUGGUCUACCUCCCCACCCGCUGGAGCCUGUCCUGGCCCACGCACUGCCGCCUGGCUUUCACGCCGACCACGAUCUGCUGACCUGUGGGCAGUGCCAGGUGACCUUCCCGCUGGGCGACAUCCUCCUCUUCAUUGAGCACAAGAAGAAGCAGUGCCAAAUGCCGCUGUUGGCCAAUGGCUGCUAUGACAAGAUGAGUGAUCGGGAAGGAGGGAGUCCCACUCUGCAGGGCCUUCAUCACCUCGGCGGGCAGCGGGUGGAGAUGAGAAAGGUGGUGGAGCCGGUGGAGAUCGGCAUCCAGGUGACACCAGAGGAGGAGGAGGUGGGAGGAAGAAGAGGGGAAAGAGGUGAGAGGGAGCAGAGGACGCCCAAAGGAAUUUGCCCCAAGCAGGAAAACGCACUGGCAGGUGGUAGGGAUGAGCCUUCCAGCUACAUAUGUACCACAUGUAAGCAGCCCUUCCCGAGUGCCUGGUUCCUGCUGCAGCAUGUCCAGAACACCCAUGGAAUUCGAAUUUAUCUUGAGUCCAAUCCCUCAAGCACUGCCCUCACCCCACGCAUCUCAAUGCCUCCACCUAUGGGCAGUGACUCCAUACCACAAUCCCCCCUUGCCAACUUUCUUGGUGACAACAAUCCUUUCCACCUUCUAAGGAUGACAGGUCCUCUGCUCCGUGAGCCUCCCCCAGGCUUUGUGGAGAACCGCCUUCCCAACACGCCUCCAUUUGUCAGCCCUCCACCCCGCCACCACCUGGACCCCCACCGGCUGGAGCGCCUUAGUGCAGAGGAAAUGGGCCUCAUCUCCCAGCACCCUAGUGCCUUUGAAAGGGUGAUGCGGCUAACGCCUAUGGCCAUGGAGUCCCAAUCCAUGGACUUCUCCAGACGGUUACGUGAGUUGGCGGGUAACAACAACAGCACCACACCACCGUUGUCACCCAGCAGGGCCAACCCUAUGCACCGACUACUAAACCCCAAUCCCUUCCAACCUGGACCAAAAUCUCCCUUUCUUAGCACCCCCCCCUUACCGCCGAUGCCCCCAAAUAGCACCACCCCUCCCCAGACACAGAACAAGGUCAAGUCCUGUGAGUUCUGCGGUAAGACCUUCAAGUUCCAGAGCAACUUGGUGGUGCAUCGGCGCAGCCAUACCGGAGAAAAACCUUACAAGUGCCAGCUGUGUGACCAUGCCUGCUCUCAGGCUAGCAAGCUGAAGCGCCACAUGAAGACCCACAUGCACAAGGCAGGAUCCCUGACAGGGCGCUCAGAUGAUGGUCUGUCUACUACAAGCUCCCCAGAGCCGGGAACCAGUGAUGUCACAGGUGAGGGCAUGAAGAAUCGAGAUGGGGACUUCCAGGGGGAAGGUAAUGAGGAGGAGGAAGAGGAGGAAGAAGAAGAGGAACUUGAGAAUGAGAGUCGACCAGAAUCCAACUUCAGCAUGGAAUCUGAGUUCUACCGAAACAGGGAAAAUGGGUCUAAACAACUGACAGAGGAGAAAUCAUCACAUCACGCUCUUAACAAGAUGGUAGAAGGUGGGGGGCUCAACUCUAUACAACAGUACAAUAAUUUGAUAGUUGACAAUCGUAAAAGAAUGCCCUUCUCCAAGCAGGGCUCAGAUGGACUGCGGGACACUGGGGAUGAAGACUCAGUGGCUGGGGAAAUGGACCACCAGCAGCAGGAACAGAGGACCACCAUUAAUGGACGAAACUGUGGCUCUGGUGACUCUUUCUCAGGCCUCUUCCCCCGUAAGCCCACCCCCAUCACCAGCCCCAGCCUGUCCAACUCUUCCAAUAAGAGGAUCAAGAUUGAAAAAGACUUGGACAUUCCCCCAGCACCCCACAUUCCCUCUGAGAAUGUCUAUUCCCAGUGGUUGGUGGGCUACGCUGCCUCACGGCACUUCAUCAAAGACCCUUUCCUUGGGUUCACUGAUUCCAGACAAUCUCCGUUCGCCACCUCCUCUGAGCACUCGUCAGAGAACGACAGCCUGCGAUUCUCAACGCCUCCGGGUGAUCUGCUGGAUGGUGGCCUGUCGGGCCGCAGUGGCACAGCCAGCGGGGGCAGCACACCACAUCUGGGUGGGGGCCCAGGCCCUGGUCGACCAAGCUCCAAGGACAGCAAGCGGUGUGAUACCUGUGAAUAUUGCGGUAAGGUGUUUAAAAACUGUAGCAACCUGACAGUGCACCGGCGCAGUCACACUGGUGAAAGGCCCUACAAGUGCGAGUUGUGCAACUAUGCCUGUGCGCAGAGCUCCAAGCUCACACGCCACAUGAAGACACAUGGCCAGCAUGGUAAGGAGGUCUACCGCUGUGACAUUUGCCAAAUGCCCUUCAGCGUGUACAGCACUCUGGAAAAACACAUGAAAAAGUGGCACGGAGAACAUUUGAUGACCAAUGAGGUCAAAAUUGAACAGACAGAGAGAACCUAAAGAAGGUUCCCUAUUUCUGUACUUUGCGCCAGACUUUGACUUAAAAAAUAAACAAAUAGGGGAGCUGGAUACUCUUUUUCUGAAAUGUUA